CCAACUCAGCUCUUCCCGUCCCUCUCUGUCGCCACUAUAUACAUUGUACUGUAUGUAUAUACUUGGAUUUCAAAUUAUUUCCCGUUAAUCUAGUUUUGGCUAUUGAAGUGAUUAACAAAGAACUUUGGAUGAAAAUUCUCUAUCCAUUAACCAAUUCUCAGUUUCGAAGGUACAGCUGUAGGUUGAGGGAGGAAGUGUGGGAAGGAUGUGAUGGUGGCACCCACCAGGAGAGUUAUGUUAAAAUGCAAGUUAGGCGAUGACCGAAAAUUGGUGGGUGGGUGUUUCAAGAUGUGGCUAGGCUGAGAUUUUGUAAAGGAGGUCUCAAUGGCGGCCAAUGGAGAUUUUGUGUUGGGAUGGCCGGUGGGAGAAGGAGAAUCCUUUUUCCUUUUGUUUUCUUUAUUAUUAUUUUAAUUUAAUACAAAAGGUUAGGAUCCUCUCCUUCAGCGAGUGACAUUACCUUGCUGAAUAGCCAAGUCGAUUGUAAUAACUAUGAUGUUAACAACACAAUUUCUUCGCUGUCAAUCAAAGGCUAGAAGAGAUGAAUGACGAGUGAUUUACAGUCUUGUCGUGAAGCUGCUCGCAACUUUUGGAAAGUCUUCCCCUUCCAAAUGUAAAAUGGAUAUGCCCUACUGCUCCUAGUCGCCCAGUAACGAUGCUUGGUAGAAUUCCUUGCAAUGCAUGGUUUGAUGUGGGAGAGCUUUCUGAAAAUGGUUCCGAUGAUUUAUAAGGUUUAGAUGCUUCAGCAGCACAUAUUGCAAACUUAUUAUCUACAGAGCCUUCUGAUGUUAAGCUCGGUAUUGAAAGCUUCAGCAUGGGUGCUGCAAUUGCCCUUUAUUCUGCAACUUGCUUUGCUCAUGGAAAAUAUGGAAAUGGCAAUCCUUACCCUGUUACCUUAAGGGCUGUUGUUGAUCUAAGCGGGUGGCUUCCUGGUGCUGGCAAUGUGAGAAACAGGAUAGCAGGAUCGCAUGAGGCUGCAAGGCGUGCCGCAUCUCUUCCCAUUUUGAUCUGUCAUGGAUUCUGUGAUGAAGUGGUCCCUCAUGCACAAGGAGAGAAGUCCUUCAACGCCUUGAGCUUAGCUGGAUUUCAUAACCUUGUGUUUAAACCAUAUGACGGAUUCUGCAGGCUUAGUCAUUAUACCGUGCCUAAUGAGAUGGACGAUGUCUACAAUUGGCUGAAUACGAGGUUGGGGUUUUAGGAGUAGAAAUUUCAAGUUUUCCCUUACGGAUUGAAGUGGCUAAGGAUCAACAAGUGGAGGAGCUACAACAAGGGAAAACAUACACACUUGUAGACAGACACAUGGUAGUUAGCUGUGGCUUGUAUUAGUGAAUUCAGUGGUAAACAAUAUUCCAUCAAGUUUAGUUAUGUUUUGCCUGCAGUAAAAUAAAAGCUUUGUUGAAUUCUGUAGUAAAUAGGUUAACCAUCCGGUUUUGUUAUGUUAUGCCUGCAGUGAAAUAAAGAUUUUGAAUUGGUACUAUGUAAUUUGCUAAGUAUUUUGGUUUUAG